AUGACCAUGAUAAACUUCCUCAAAGGACAUCCUACUAGAACUAUUAUACCAGUUAAGGAGAUAGCAAAUGCAUAUAGUAAAGUGUUGCUUGACAGUGACUAUCUUUCAUAUGAUAGUGAUCCAAAUAAUCAACAUCCACUAGCAUACGGCACUGAUCCUGGUAAUUUGGAUGUCAGAACUACUAUUUCCAACUGGGUAAAUGACAAAUACCAAAUUCAAUCAACAAGUGCUGACUUGAUAAAUUUGACGGCAGGAGCGUCUUACGGGGUCGCCAACAUCUUGGCAUCAACAACAACACCCCAGCUAACAAAAAAGGCCUUUGUCGUUACACCAACAUAUUUCUUGAUCAACAGUGUUUUCGUUGAUGCAGGUUUGGGAGAUGAUUUAAUAGCCAUAAAUGAAACUUCGUCAAGUGAGUAUGAUAUCGACUUGGAGAAACUUGAAUCUGAAUUGCAAAAAUUUGGCAAAACUGGAGUUGAUACAAUCUUGAAAGAUCCCAGAGGCGAACGCAAAAUCUACCAAUUCGUAAUGUAUCUUGUUCCAACAUUUUCAAAUCCCGGUGGCAUGACAUAUUCGUUAAAGACUAGAGAGAAGUUGUUACAACUAGCAAGAAAAUAUGACAUGCUACUCAUUAGCGACGAUGUUUAUGAGUUUUUAAACUAUGCCUCAACAACAACAAUUCCACCACCAAUACUGAAGAUAAACCAAAUUGAUCAAAAGACGGUGUCAAACAAGUACGGAAACUCAAUUUCUAAUGCUACAUUCUCCAAAAUUAUUGCGCCAGGGUUGAGAGUUGGUUGGCAAGAAUCCGCGACACCAGCAUUAGUCCACCAAUUGAGUGUCACUGGUGCUAAUAAAUCUGGUGGUACACCAUCACAAUUAUCGACUUUAGUCGUUGCUAAUUUAAUUGAAUCGGGAAAAUUGGAUACAAUCAUUCUCAAUUUUAAAUCAGUUUAUGCGGAGAGGGCCCAAGUUUUGAAAAAGAGUAUCAAAAAAUAUUUACCUGCCAACACUCAAGUUGAUGGAGGCGAUGGUGGAUAUUUCCUUUGGAUUAAAUUACCCAAGGAAAUUGAUAAUCAUGCAGUGAUUGAACAAUUGGCCCAAAAGGGUGUUGUGAUUCCCAGUGGGGAAGGGUUUGAAGUUUUGGGGUCAAAUAAUAAACAAAGAUGGGGCGAUCAUUGUGUUAGAUUGAGUAUCAGCUAUUUGACCACCGAGGAAAUUGAACAGGGGGUGAAGAUAUGGGGUGAAACUAUUGUAGAGUUGGGUAACAAGUGA